CGGCGCGAAACGGGCUCCGAAACAAGGGCUGAGGGGUGAGCUCUCCUCCUUAUUCCUGCAAAAUGUAGGAGUCGCGGGAGGCCCCGAGAGAGCCGAGGCCCAGUUCCUCUCCUACUGUACCCCGAGUUUAAGACUUAAGACCUAAUCUUCGAACCUGAGAGGAGGCCAGGCUGGGCUCACAUGCCUGCAGCAGGAGUCAGGAGUACUCGGACAAUACGUCAGAGGAAAGCAGCCCGAACUAGGCAGUGCUGAUAAUUUGUCCCAAAGCUGUGUUGUACCGUCAGCAGGUUCUUGGCUGGUGUGAAGAGCUCUAGGGAGAAAAGCGGAUCUGGACAAAACUUUCGCAUCUGGCCUCACCAUAAAUGGAUGAAAGGUUCCAAGAAGACAAGUUGCACUGGAACUCCAGCAACAUACUGUCAAAAUCAUCUGCAUUGAUCUUUAAGAUGAGAUUUCUAAGCACCUGAAACCUACCCACUGGGGUAGAAGACUGUUUUCUCACUGUUUUCUGGCUGAGUGGACUAUUAAUGACUGAAUGGGCUCUGCUGGGAAGGCUUGUCCUCACACCAUGACAGCUGAUGUGUCAGAAGCUGGAGAGCUAGCUCUGGAGCCUCUACUCACUUGCAAGCUAUGUCUCUGUGAAUAUUCCCUGGAUAAGAUGACCACUCUUCAGGAAUGCAGCUGCAUCUUUUGUACAGCGUGUCUGAAACAGUACAUGCAGCUGGCAAUUCAAGAAGGUUGUGGUUCUCCUAUCACAUGUCCAGACAUGGUGUGCUUGAACCAUGGGACUCUACAAGAAGCAGAGAUUGCCUGUUUGGUGCCUGUUGACCAGUUUCAGUUGUACAAGAGGUUGAAGUUUGAACGAGAAGUGCACUUGGACCCCCAGAGAACAUGGUGCCCCACGGCCGACUGCCAAACGGUGUGCCACAUUGCAGCAAGCGAGCCUAGAGCACCGGUGCCAGUGGAGUGCCCGGCUUGCCACCUGACGUUCUGCUCCUCUUGCAAGGAGGCCUGGCACCUGCAGCACCUGUGCCAGGAAAACCAACCUACUCCAGUCCCAACCGAGCAGGGAUCCCUUAUUGGAACAGAGACAGAGGCACCAAUUAAGCAGUGCCCAGUUUGUCGGAUCUAUAUUGAGCGAAACGAGGGCUGUGCUCAGAUGAUGUGCAAGAACUGCAAGCACACGUUUUGCUGGUACUGUCUACAGAAUUUGGAUAACGAUAUCUUCUUACGCCAUUACGACAGAGGCCCUUGCAGAAACAAGCUCGGCCACUCGCGGGCUUCAGUGAUGUGGAACAGAACUCAGGUUGUGGGGAUCCUGGUUGGACUCGGUAUCAUAGCACUGGUGACCUCUCCCUUGCUGCUCGUGGCAUCUCCAUGCAUCAUCUGCUGCAUUUGCAAAUCUUGCCGAAGCAAAAAGAAAAACCACAGCCCACCAACAACCUAAAACUCUGUGUCUGUUUGAGUCUGCACCCGUACAGCAUAUGUAUGUGAGAAAGCACAUUGGUUGUAUUUUGGUGCCACACCUACCAAAUAAUGCUCCUUUUUGUCUGCCAA